AUGAAGAAAGGGAAAAAAGUAGACACGGAAAUGAAGAAAUUUGAAGAAGGAAAUACGGCUUUCAGUAUCUUAUAUCGUUGGUCGUUUUGGACGGUCACCAGUGGUAUUUUGAUGCUAAAAUGUCUUCUUAUUCCGUCAUAUCAUAGCACCGAUUUUGAGGUUCAUAGAAACUGGAUGGCUAUUACGGCGAACUUGCCUAUUGAGCAGUGGUAUUACGACGAAACUUCGAAAUGGACACUUGACUAUCCGCCAUUUUUUGCCUACUUUGAGUGUAUAUGGAGUUUGGUUGCCAACCAGUUAAUACCAAGCUCUCUCAGACUUCAAAAAGAGCCUAUAUUUUCGUUAGAAUUACUCUACUUUCAUCGCUUCACAGUGAUUCUGACUGAUAUGAUUUAUAUUUUUGGUUCCGCUUUCUGUGCGAAUUGCCUUGCUCGUUUUUCGCGUCCCCUUAGUCACCUUAGUGCAGAAGCACUCGGAAUAACACUUGUAGCGAAUAUUCCACUCAUCCUUGUCGACAAUAUACAUUUCCAGUAUAACAGCUUCCUUACUUCAUUCCUGCUCUUCUCAAUCGGAUUUGCAUCAAAAAAGAAUUAUCUUCUGGCGGCUCUUUUUUUUAGCAUAUUGCUGAACUUCAAGCAUAUUUAUCUUUACUACGCACCUGCUUACAUUGUAUUUUACCUUGCAGAAUAUUUCUGCGUCAAGAAUACUGUGGAAUUUCUUUCCCGGAUACUCAAACUUGGUUUAACAGUAAUAUUACCAUUUGGUUUAUCCUUCGGAGUAUUCGCAUAUCGCUCUGGCGUCAUGGCCAUCUGGCAAAUUAUAAGCCGUUUGUUUCCGUUCCAGAGGGGGUUGACUCAUGCUUAUUGGGCACCAAAUUUGUGGGCUUGCUAUAAUUUUGUCGAUUUUAGUUGUUAUAAUGUUCUCAAGUUUCUCGGAAAAUUACCGAUUGAGUCUAAGCCGCCAGCGUACACUUCCGGGCUUGUACAGGAAUACUUUCAUUCAAUUUUGCCUAAUAUCCCCGCGGUAGUGACGUUGUUGCUCACAUUGUUACUGCUUACACCGAUGGUUACAUUUCUAUUUAAUGAGAUCUCACCAUUGAAUAGGAUUGCAGUUUUAUUGACCCACUCUGCUUUUGCUUUCUUUCUUGCUGGUUAUCACGUUCAUGAGAAAGCUAUAAUUAUGAUUUUAAUUCCAUACACAGUUCUUGCGUUUAGUGAUCAUAAAUAUAUUCGGUCUUUGAUGAACUUGUACGUAGCAGCAAACAUCUCUCUAUUUCCCUUAUUUUUCACUUUCUUUGAAAAUUGUAUUAAGGUAACAUUGGCUGUAUUUUCAUAUUUUUUUAUGAGCACAAUAUUAGGACUUAUCGAGAACUCGAAGCAAAACAGGAGUUUUUUGUCAGCAGCUUAUCAUCUGGCACUCAUAGCUGUACAGUCGUAUUCGUUGCUCAUUCAUCCAGUCAGUGUAGUUACUUAA